AUGAUAUUCGGACGGCGUUUCGUGCUCGAGACCGACCACAAGCCUUUGCUCGCCAUAUUCGGGUCGAAAAAGGGCAUCCCCACGUACACCGCCAACCGGCUCCAGAGAUGGGCGUUGACACUGCUUCUCUACGAUUUAGACAUACACUACGUGUCGACAGAUGCUUUCGGACACGCGGACAUCCUGUCCCGCCUUAUCAAUCGCCAUGUUCGUCCGGAAGAGGACUAUGUUAUAGCCAACAGCGAGUUCGAGAGCACCAUCCGCAGCAUCAUGAACCAAUCCCUGGAAGCCCUACCAGUUUCGUUCAAGACCGUUCAAGCCAAAACCCGCAUAGAUGAAACCCUGCAACAGGUGAUCAAGCACGUCAACACCACGUGGCCUACCAAGAAAACGAGCUUCACAGAUCCGCACAUUCAAGAGUUCUUCCAGCGUCGCGAGUCCCUCUCCAUCACCGCUGGCUGCUUGAUGUACGGCGAACGUUUGGUGUUACCAUCCGUUCUCCGAAAGAAGGUUCUCGUGGAGCUGCACAAAGGUCAUCCCGGUAUCGAACGUAUGCGGUCCCUUGCUCGACAGUACGUCUACUGGCCCCAUAUCGAUAAGGAGAUCGAAAGGCUGGUGCAGACGUGCAAAGAAUGUUCGAGUGUGGCGAAAACGGAUCGUAAAACCAACCUCGAGUCGUGGCCAGUCCCGGAGAAACCCUGGCAACGACUUCAUCUCGACUACGCCGGUCCUAUGGAUGGGUGGUACUUACUGAUCCUAGUGGACGCCUACACCAAAUGGCCGGAGGUGGUCAGAACAAAAGACAUCACUUCUGCAGCGACAAUUCGCAUUCUCCGUGACAUUUCCGCCAGAUUCGGGUCCCCGGAGACAUUGGUUACCGACAACGGGACGCAGUUUACCAGCGAAAUGUUCGAGGCCUACUGCGAGUUCAACGCCAUUCUUCACCUGAAGACCGCUCCCUUCCAUCCGCAGUCAAAUGGCCUCGCGGAAAAAUUCGUCGACACUUUCAAGAGGAUGUUGAAAAAAAUAACCGCCGGAGGGGAAACGCUGCAAGAUGCCAUCAACACUUUUCUACAGUGCUACAGGUCCACACCAUGUCGCACCGCUCCGGAAGGAAAGUCUCCUGCCGAACUUCUGCUUGGCAGACGAAUUCGCACGUCGUUAGAGCUGCUUCGACCACCGACUCCGGCGCACAAACUCGAAAACUCCAAGCACUAUCAGCAGUUUGACCGGCGGCAUGGUGCGAAACCAAGAAACUACAUCCGUCAGGACCUCGUCUGGGCCAAAGUGUUCCGUAACAACAAGUGGCACUGGGAAGCAGGAGAAGUGCUCGAACGCAUUGGCAAGGUCAUGUACAACGUCUGGUUGCCUGGGAAGCAAACCAUGAUAAGGUCCCACUGCAAUCAGCUGCGAACACGUCAUCAUUCCGAAAAUAAACUGCCUGCGACUGAACCAGCAAAAGCUCCGUUGAGUCUCCUGUUGGACUCCUGGAACCUACAGAGUCCGACACCCGUGCAGGAGGAGCGGCAGGCUAGUGUUCAACGACAACGCAAUCCCCCUAGACAACUGCAACAACCAACAGCAGCUCGCAGAUCUUCGAGGACUCGAAGACUUCCUGCGAGAUAUGAUCCCUACCACCUUUUCUAA